AUGGCCGACCACCAACCAUAUGUUACCAUUCGUUCUCGGAGACCUGUCGAAGGUCCAGGUUCGAGAGGCACUGGUCCUCUUAUGGCUGCAUCUGGUGGAGGGGAUCACUAUGCCAGAUCUGCAACACAUGACACAAGCCGUACCAGUUUCCAUGUGAAACAUAUUGGUCAAUUUGCCCAAAGGCUUGAAGAUUCCGCCGCUCGUGCGUUUCCUAACCGCGGAAAGUCCUCGGCCAGGUACAGCAACGUCCAAGUGUUGCUGCUACACUGGAAUUCAGAUGAUCUCUUCGUGAUACCCGAGCUAGAGGAUCUCGAAAAGUGUCUGAGCGAGGAUUAUGGCUUUAAUACUGACGUAUUUGCCAUCCCUUCCGAAAACUCUCAUCUCGAGUUGAUGAUGCGCAUUGGUCAACUUAUCAAAGAUCAUGAAUCUAAAGACACCUUGUUUGUUGUAUACUACGGCGGACACGCCAGGAUCGACGAAUCUAGACAAAGCACCUGGUGCGCAACUCGUGAAGCGAACUCUCCGUGGCUUCAAUGGUCUGCGAUCCAGACUCUCCUCGAGCGGUCACUUUCUGAUGUUCUCAUUCUACUAGAUUGCUGCGCCGGAGCCGCAAGUGCAACCUUCCCCAGCGGUGCCAGCAUUACUGAGACCAUCUCAGCCUCGAGUUGGGAUGCUAUCGCUCCGGACCCCGGACGUUACUCCUUCACUAAUGCUCUUAUUGAAGUACUUCAGGAGUGGAGGGUUCGUGCCUUCUCUGCUGCCAUGCUCCAUGCUGAAGUCCUCGCUCGAUUGAAACACCCGCGACCCAUCACCAUCAACGGCAAAUAUUUUGAGGCUCGCUCCACCCCUGUGCACUUCAUGAUGACUUCCAAUCACAAAGCGCCUAGUAUCGAAAUGUCCCGCAUGUCUCGUGGCGACAAUCUACCGUCCCCCGAGUUGACACCAAUACCUGAGAUGGUCCAUGAAACAGGCCGGGCAGCUGAUUCUGCACCUGCUUCACGAAAUGACUACAUGUUCACCGAACCCAAUGAAGAUACUCCUCACGUCAUGAUUUCUUUGGCAUUAGAAGACGACCAGAGGCUUGACAUUAACGCAUGGGAACAAUGGCUGGGGGCCUUUCCUGCCAUGGCCAAAUACGUCAAGGUACAGGGCGUUUUCAAGAGUCAUUCAACAAUGCUUCUUGUUUCCAUGCCGGUUUCUAUAUGGGAUCUACUCCCAGAAGAUCAUGCGACAUCUUUCAUCGCCUUCAUCCGUUCCAACAACCUUAUGGCUCAAAAACCCCGAAACCAAUCAGUGCCAACCUUGGUUCCUACAAGCCGCUAUGCUACCGAAAAUGACAGUGCAUCUUUCGUGUCCGAUGUUUCUGGCACGACGUUUGCGCCUACAGAGAUAACGGGACGGAUUGGUCAGCUUGGGGCAUUUUGGGAUCCCACGUAUGGCAGGCAAGGCGGUUCCGUAACGAGAACUCAUCUUUCACCUAGUCAGCAAGUCUCGCCCCUUCACAUGCUGGCACAACCUCUGUCGCCUUCCCAGAGCUUAUCACAAAGACCCAUGAGGCCCAUGCUCUCAGCAACAUCACUUGCCACAUUACAAAGACAACAAUCGUCAUCAUCUCUAGGGGGCGAAAGAAAUCUAGCACGGCAGAUGAUUAUGAACCAACAGCAAGCUCUACGGCGCACAACUUUCGGAGUUGAUGUUCCAGAACCCAAGAAGUUUUCUCCUCAUGUUGAAAAACGCCUCGAAGAGUAUUAUCAAACUGAGCCAUUACCAAAUGAUGGUCAGAAGGCAUUCUUUGCAUCGAAUUUGGGAGUAGAGCCUUGGCAUGUAGAGGUCUGGUUUCAUCAUCGAAGAGAGAGGGAUGCGUUUGCUCAACGUUUUGCAUCUCUCCAAGUCGAAGGUUCCAAAGUUCAUGCCCAUGAAGGACCACGCAUGAUCUUACCAUCAAACCUUGGUGAACUUUUAGACAUAUCAUUGCCAGGGCAAAGUAUCAUACUUGAUCUUCGAUCUUCAACGGAAUUCCAAAAAUCACACAUCAAGGGUGCGAUACACUUUCGUGCCCCUCAAUCCUUCUUGCGCCCUGCAUCUCUAGAUAUGGUCGAGCGUGUAUUUGCCGACGCACAAAGCAGGAGAACGUUUUCGCGAUGGCAGCAGGCCAUUUGUAUUGUCUUCUACUCACGUGGCCUUGACCACCCAUGGGAAUGCCCCUCUGCGGAGAUCUUGCUCGAGAAACUCUCUACUUGUGGCUGGCGCGGACGCUGCUUCGUCCUGAAAGGUCAUUACCGAGAAUUCAGUGACUCUUUCAGCAAGCACAUCCACCGCGCGCAGGACGGAGACUCUGAAAGAGCUCUGCCCAAUUUGACGGUUGCUAGCAAGGGCAUGUCGGGUAAUGAGGGGGAGUUUGCCGAGCUAUUCGCUCGACUAGAAAAGGAGGAACAUGUGCCAUAUCUCAGUUCCUCCCCUGGAUACGACGAAGAACGAACGACGGCACUGGCAAAAAAAGAGAAGGUACUGGAGACCGAGUUCCAGAACCACUUCCCUGCGCUAUUCAAGAAAGUACAGGACGUCCACGGCGUUGAGAAAUCCGACAACGAAAGCUUUGUCACUAAAGCUCAAAUGGUGGAGUAUCUGGAUCGUGGUUUAACAAAGAUUCGAGAUGCUCAUAUUCCGCAAGCGCCAGCCGCUGUCUAUGAACCAGAACAUUCCAAGUUAGCGGCUGAGUGUUAUCGUGAGCAACCAAACGUUAACAGGGAAUCAGACGAGUAUGUCGAGGUUAGUCGAGGAGACGAAACAAUUCCAGAUGGAAGCCCACAAACCACGAAUAAGGGCAAAAAUAUUCGGGCAAUGGCCUCUCCCGAGGAGAUAUCCCGACGGGGCCGCGGAGGAGGUCUUUUGAACAAAGUAUUCCGGAGGACAUAG